AUGGCCAGAUUGUUUUUUGAGAAGUUUUUCCCUUCCUCAAGAACAACUUCAAUCAGAAAGGAGAUAAGUGGCAUAAAACAAGCAAAUGGGGAGAACUUGCAUGAGUACUGGGAGCGGUUUAAAAGACUUUAUGCAAGUUUUCCACAUCACCAGAUUUCGGAGCAAUUGCUAAUUGUCUACUUCUAUGAAGGCUUGCUGCCUAUGGAGUUGAUUGCAAAGAUGGCAGCCAAUGCUCAACAAUUUGACACUAGAGCGAAUAGCAGUGCAGUGUUCCAAGUGCAAGCAUCUUCUAUCCAGAAUUCAGUAGUAGCAGCAGCAGUGGCGUCGAGCACAGAUAAUCAGAGAAUAGAGAAUAGGUUUGACGAGCUGACUUCACUGGUGAGACAGUUGGCUGUGACGCAAAUAGUCCAACCUCCUACUCCCACUCCACAAGUGAGCAACUCAUGCGGUAUUUGCUGCAACCGGCCGCACCCCACUGAUGCUUGCCCCAGUAUACAAGAAGGUGCCCCUCUAGUAGACCAGACAGUUGCUGCAGUAGGAGUCUUCCCUGGUAAAUCACAGUACCAGCAGCAACAACAGUACAACCUAUUCUCUAACACCUAUAACCCUAGCUGGAAGGACCAUCCCAACUUGAAGUGGAACCAAAACCAGAAUCAGAACCAGUACCAACAGAGGCAGCAGUUCGUACCUCAGCAGCAGAGGCAAAAUUUCCAACCUGCUGCACCUCCACAACAGCCACAUGUACCGCAACAUCCAGGAAGUGGUGCUUCUCUAGAAUAUUUGACCCAACCUCAAGAGCCUGGUUCCCUUCCUUCCCAGAUAGUUCCAAAUCCGAAGGGAAAUCUGAAUGUUAGUGCUAUAUCCCUAAGGUCUGACAAGCAACUAGAAGAGCCCAAGCAAGCUGUAUUUGACCAGCAACUAGAAGAACCCAAGCAAGCUGCAUCUGAGACUGAACCAGCAUUAGAAAAAGAGGAGACAGUGCAAGAUAAGCAAGGUCAUGAUGAGCCUGAGUUUUCCAUUCCUCUUCCUUUCCCUCAAAGAGCCAUCAAAUCUAAGAAGCUGGCAGAGACAACACAAGAGAAGGGAAUCCUAGAGACGUUCAAAAAAGUUGCAAUUAAUAUUCCUCUCUUAGAAGCAAUCAAGAAGUUUCCUAAAUAUGCCAAGUUCCUGAAGGAGUUAUAUAUAGGUGCUGCCAUAAAUGUUAUGUCUAAAUCUGUUUAUGAUUCUCUUGGUCUUGGUCCUUUACAUGCCACUAGUGUUGUUAUCCAGUUAGCUAAUAGGAAUAGUGCUCACCCUACUGACAUGGAAGGUGAAUCUCCUAACAGUAGGCCCCCAAUCAUUCUAGGAAUGUCUUUCAUGAAAACAGUUAGGACUAAGAUAGAUGUACAUACUUGUGCUCUUUCCUUAGAAUUUGGUGAUAGUAUUGUGCAUUUUAGUAUCCUUAAUGCCAUGAAGCAUUCUAGGGUCAAGGUUGAGCAUUCAGCUUCGUGCAAUAAUGUGAUUCAUGAUGUGAAUAAUAAUGUUGAUACUGAUUUGAUUGUGGAUUCUGCAUUACUUGUGGAUUCUGACUUGCCUACUGAUAAUAAUUCGGAUCAUAUGUCUAAUUUGAUUCUGUCUGCACUUAGUCCUAAAAAGGAAAUUGAUUAUAUUAGGAAGAACAAGACAUCUUGCACACACAUUGUAUGCAAUAACUAUGGUAAGAUAAGACACAUUUCUUAUUUGUGCUAUCAUAGAAAGAACUUUAUUAUGAGAAAAUUUUCUACCAACUUUGAUCCUAACUCUCAUGGACCCAAGAUGAAAUGGGUAUCAAAAAGUCCUCCUUUUGUCUUCAAUAUGCAGAAUACUAUUCAUAAGGUUGGACGAAAUGAUCAAAAGAAGAAAAAUUUACGUGAUAAAAAGACUGGGCAGACCUUAACUGUGAAUGGACACCCCCUCAAGCUUUUUCAUGAGGGACCCCAGCAGCAGCCUGUGGAGGCAGAGCUCAGGCUCACUAACGCCACUUAA